GGAGCUCAGCAGAAGUCCUGCCGACGACUGUCUCCUCGGCGGCUGCCCGAGCCCUUUCAACAGCGACGGCCCGCCGGGCGACCUCGCAGCGCUGGCCCGCAUCGAGGCCGAAGGCGCGGGCGGCGACCCCUUCGCGCAGGCACACCCGCAGCUCGGCGGGUUCCUGGAGUCCUUUGCCGCCGGGAGGCGGCUGGUGCCCAGCCUGUGCGCGCUGCUGCGGAGAUUUCCGAGGCUGCCCCAGCGGGACCGCCUUGCGGCCUUCGGGCCGCUGCGGCGCCUGGUCUGCACGCUGCUCUCCUGCGUGGGCGGCGCCCAGUACCUCGCACAGGAUGCGACCACCUACUCCACCUUCCUGAAUCUGCUGGACGGAGAUGGCGGCGCCGCCGGCAAGGGCGGCAAGGGCGUGGCCCGGGAUUCUGGCUGCUUGCCGCCGGUGCCGAGGUUCCCCGAGCCGCUGGCGAGGAGCGCAAUAGGCGCGCCUCAGCUCGCCGCUCUCGUGUCGAUGCACGUGCGCGCUGCACGCCUGGUGCUGCUCCUGCUGGCUCGCACUCGGCAGAAGGGGCAGGGCGGUCUGCUCGCCGAGUCCGAGGCCCUGCCGCUGCUCACCGCGCUGCACCAGCUGUGCGCGAAAAGCUCCGCGGGGCGCGACAGCGUCGUGUGCGCCUUCCGAUCGCUGCUCACGGUCGAGUGGCUCCUGCGGCAGGCGGAGGGCCGGCUGGACGAAGUGGCCCCGCCAGGCGCUGUGCACGCUGCGGCGUCGGCCGCCGCCGCGGCGCGGCCCUCGCUCCGCCACCUCGUCGCGGUGCUGCACGCCCUCGUGCUGGGGGACCCGGCGGCGUGCGUGGCGGAGAAGUUCGGGUCGCGCGUGCUGGCGCUCGCCGGCCGAGCCCUGGAGCUCCUUGAGGCGGGGGCGGCGUCGGUGGACGGCGCCGAGGGGGGCAGCAAGUCCUCCCUGGAGUUCGC